AAAUAGUUGAUGAGGCCUGGGUUCUGACGGAAAAAAAAGAAAUUUGACAUACCCUAAAACGUCACGAAAGUGUUAGUUGGAUUCUAUGACAGAGUUCGCCAUACUCUUUUCGGUCUAAACGUUGACGAAUAAAAGUCGGGCAAAAUGUCGUCCCAUCUAGUUUGGAGUAUUAUCAGGAAUAAUAAUGCCUUCUUAUUGAAGAAGAGGAAUAUCAGCAAACCCUUCAGUACAGAACCUAGCAACCUCACCAACUUGAACUCCUACAGGUAUAAUGGAAUUGUCCACAAAAAGACAGUUGGUAUUGUUGAUGGACCUGACAAGAAAGGAUUCACCGUAGUCUGUCAGAGACCUAAGAAACAAAACAAGCCUAAAGAGAGGACAAUCAAAACAACCUUCAAAUCUGGACCAAGAAGGUCUCUCUACAAACUCAAGAAGCUCUUGAAGAGUGAUCGUUACCGUACUGAUUUGACUAAGGUAGCAUUGCGUAGGGCUAGUGCUGUCUUGAGGUCACAAAAACCCAGGAGGGGAAAGCAACCUAAGAAAGUUGUUGAGGAAUAAUAAUAUGUUGAAAUAAAUAUAUGACAAAAAAUAUUUUG